AUGUUGUAAUAAAUAAUAGAUAAAGAUAGAGAAAAAAUAGAGUUAUAUUUCUCAGGUAGAGGUUUAGCUGACAAAGAUGUAAUGUCGUAAAGUGAUCCUUAAUGUUAUAUCUAUUUAAAGUAAGGAUAAGACGGAUAGGAGAAAUUAAUUGGCAAAACAGAAGUAAAAGAUAACAACCUUAAUCCUGAUUGGAAAGUAUUACUAUAUCAAUAAUUCUAGACAUCAGUUGUAUUGGACUUUAUAUUUGAAAUAAAUCAGUUCUUAAGGAUUGUUGUUAUGGAUCAUGAUGGGGAGAAAGUUGAAAAUGAUGAUAUAAUAGGAUCUUUAAAUGUAAAAUUUAAAUAUCAAAUCCUUUUAGACAACUAUUGGUACAAUUAUGGGAUCUAAAAAUCAAAUAUAUAUAGGAUAACUUACUCAUAAUAAUAAAAAGACAGGGAGAUUGAUUAUCAAAGCUGAUAAAAGAAAGGAAAUAGGAGAAAAUAAUGAAAUUAUUUGUUGGUAAUGGUAUGCAACAAAAGUAAAAAAUAUGGAUGGAUGGUUUGGUGUUUCUGAUCCAUUUCUGAGAUUUCUAAAAUGGCAUUAAAAUAGUGAUUGGCUAUUAGUACAUGAAACAGAAUUCAUUAAGAACAAUGAAAAUCCUACUUGGAAACCAUUUCAGAUACCUCAUGAUAAAUUACAUGAUGAGAAUCCCUAAUAACCUUUUAAAAUUGAACUUUGGGAUAACUAAACAAAUGGAAAACAUCAGUUCAUUGGAUCAAUUGAAGUUACAAUAGAAUAAAUAAUUUUUAAAGAAAUCCAUUAAUUUAUAGUUAAAACACCAAAAGGAGUAACUUUAGUACUAAUAUUCUAUAGGAAUUUGGUGGCAAUUUAGGAGUAAAAUUUAUUGAAAAUAAAAAUUUCGAUUUAUAAAUGAUGGAUAAACCUUCUUUUAUUGAUUAUUUAAAAGGAGGAGAUUAAAUUAAUCUUAUUAUUGCUAUUGAUUUCACAGGUUCUAAUGGAGAACCCUCAUCUCCAAGUUCUUUACAUUAUAAUAAUCCUAACAAUUUAAAUUAAUAUUAAAAUGCAUUAAAAUAAGUAGCUGAAAUUUUAUUAAAUUAUGAUUAUGAUAAGAAGGUACCACUUUAUGGAUUUGGUGGAGUACCAUCAUUGCCAAAUUUUACAAAAAAUAGUGUAUAACAUUGGUAAAUUUUAAAUGUAUAUCAAUAGUUUUCCUUUAAAUGGGAAUAAAUCUGA